AUGUCAUCCGGCGCUUACAUACUGUUUGACAUCCCCACCAAAGCACCACGCGUUUGCUGGUCGAUGAACAUCUGGAGGACGAGAUUACUUUUUAACUACAAGGGUCUCGACUACAAGACAGAAUGGGUCGAAUAUCCCGACAUCGGGCCGCGACUCAGCCAGCAUGUCCCCUCGAAUGAAAACGGACCCAAAUUUACACUCCCGGCUAUACAACUGCCCGACGGGUCCUACGUGAUGGACUCGUAUAAAAUCGCCGAUAUCAUAGAAGAGAAGCAUCCAGAGCCAAAGGUAGCUUUAAACACGCCAGGGCAGCUCCGGUUCAGGAAAAGUAUGAUCAGUUUUAUGAACGAAUUAGGUCCAAUUUACGUCCCUGGAGUAGCGCAGAAGAUUCUCGGAGAGCAAAGCCUUGAGUUUUUCCUCAAUACACGCCAGGAAGACGUAGGCAUGCCGCUGUACGAGUAUGGGGAGAAGAAUUCUCCCGGCGCCUUCGAAAGGUGCGAGCCGUUUGCGCGGGAGAUAACGGUGCUUCUCAACGAGACUUCCGGGCCUUUCUUUUUGGGCGAUACUGUCAGCUACACUGAUUUCAUGUGGGCUGCUAUUUUGCUCUUCUUCAAGUGUCUCGGCACUGAGGAGUACGAGGAAGUGUUAAAGAGGACGGGCGAUGCUGCCGCGCAUACAAGGUUUCUAGAGGCGUUGAGCCCAUGGACGGAACGGAAUGAUUAG